AUGGAUGGUCAUGCAAAGGGUAACGGAGAUAUAUCAGCUGUCGCAGCAACACAUAGUCCAAUUAUUUUUAUUGAUUCCGGUGAACAUAUUCAUGAUCUGGAAAGAUUUGAACCUAGGCGAUUUGUACAAAAAAUGCUAGGUAUGGGUGAUCUCAUUGAAAAAGUAGAAGACUUAAAAUUAGAUCAGAAUAAGAAUUUACUGAAAAAUUUGGAGCAGG